AGCCAAAAGAAGAAAGCAAGAGAAGAUGGCGAGUACUUCUGCAAAAUCUUUCCACAUUCGUUCCACUAGCUUUCCCUCAAAGUCCCACCCAAACUUGGCCAGAGUACAGGAGUGCCUUCAUCUGGUUAAGGUUUGGGAAGCCUCCCCAUCAAGGAAGGCACAGUUGGUAACGAGACUUGGACACCUCAAGGACCUGUACGCUUCUGUCAAUGCCUUCCUGCAACUCCCCCAGACUCAACAGGCUCUUUGUGGCAAAGAGAGUCUGGUGAGGGAGUUGAUGGAUGAUUUCCUCUGCUUAAUGGACGCCUGCGGUUUGAUGAAGGACUCGUUGGUGCAGAUGAGGGAGCAACACCAAUCCCUUCAAUCCAUGCUUCGGAGAGGUGACUCGCGUUUGGAAUCUGGCGUCUCUGCUUAUCACUGCAGCAGGAAGAGGAUGAAGAAGGACAUGGUCAAGUGCCUGAGAUUGAUCAGAAACAUGGAGAAGCACGUUUCUUCGUCUAAUGACAACCUUGACUUGAUCGAUCAAGUCUUCAAGGAUGUUAAGGCCGUUGCAGUCUCCACCUUCAACACUCUUAGUAUGGUGAUCUCCGGCAGAAAGCCAACGCAGUCCAUCUUCUCAAGAUUGUUGGGUUCCAUAAGCUCAAAAGAUGAUGAAGAUGGUGUUAGUGAAAUAGAGAAGGCAGAUGUGGCUAUAUUUAGACUCCAUGGCAGUUCAUCCAAGGCAGGAAGGCAGGAAGAUGCCCGAGAGGCACAAAGGCUGAUGAUAGAAUUGGACGUCAGUUUGAGGGAAGUAGAGAUGGAGUUGGAAGAUGUCUUUAGAUGUAUGAUCCAAGCUAAAGUCUCCCUCCUUAACGUCGUUGCAGGUUGUUGAUCAGCCCUUACUGUUCGUCCGCUCGCUCAAAAUUAAUCCUUAGGAUCCGCAUUUUAGAGGAUCAUUAGGGAACCCAAUUGUCCAUUUUGUAUAUGCAAAAUAUA